AGCAAUAGAGUGGUGCGUGAGAGUGUAUAUUCAGCUGCCUAUUAGAAUAUUAUUACAACAAAACCCAGCACUGUGUGUCUCGGCUCUCCAUCUCUCAUCUCUCUCUCUAUCUCUCACCCCCCAUCCUCAAUACCAAACAAAUUAAAGAUGCAAAACUAAAUCUACCUACACACACAGACACAGCAUCUUAAAACCUCACAGAAGUAAGAAAAACAAGAUCAGGUUCUCAAACUAUCAAAAUCUCCAUUUGUAUUCGCAUUCGAUCCAUUCCUACUCAGAAGAAGAAAAAAACACUGAAAAAGCUUUACAAUGAGGAACCCAUCGCCUUCGUCGAAAGCAGCAGCAGCAGCAGCAAGUGCUAAGAUGCAAACGACGAUAACAGCGUCGUCCUCGUCUAGCAAGGCGGCUGGGGUUGCUGGAGGGACCAAGACGCCGUGUUGCGCAAAGGUGGGUUUGAAGAGAGGGCCGUGGACUCCCGAAGAGGACGAGCUGCUGGCAAAUUACAUCAAGAAAGAAGGGGAGGGACGGUGGCGGACCCUUCCCAAGCGGGCUGGGUUGCUCCGCUGCGGUAAGAGCUGCCGCCUCCGCUGGAUGAACUAUCUCCGCCCUUCCGUCAAGCGCGGCCAGAUCGCCCCCGAUGAAGAAGAUCUCAUCCUUCGCCUCCAUCGCCUUCUGGGCAAUCGGUGGUCUUUGAUAGCUGGGAGGAUUCCAGGCCGUACGGACAAUGAGAUAAAGAACUACUGGAACACACACCUGAGCAAGAAGCUGAUAAACCAAGGCAUAGAUCCCAGAACCCACAAGCCUCUCAAUCCAGAUCAUCACUCUGCUGCUGAUGAUGCUGACCUGGACAACACAAACAAAUCAACUGCUGUUGCUUCUUCUUCCAAAGCCAAUGAUCGGUUCUCAAACCCUAACCCUAGUCCCCCUUCUGAUCGUCUUGUCCAUAAAGAAGGGGAUCCAAAUAACAGCCGUAAUGGUGGAAACAUCGCAAUUGAUGAUCAUGAUCAGGGCACUAUAGUCCAUGGCUAUGCAAAUAUGAUCACGUCCAUCAACAAUCCCGAUGCUUCUUCUUCGGCCACGGCAACGGGUACUUUGAGUUUGAGGAGCAACAACAGCCACGGUGGAGUACUACUUGGGGGAGGAGGAAAUGAAGAGGACGACGACAUCAACUGUUGUGCGGACGACGUCUUCUCUUCGUUUCUGAAUUCGUUGAUCAAUGAGGAUCCAUUUCAUGGACAACACCAAUUGCAACAAGUACUGCAGAAUGGGAAUGUGAGUGCACACGCAGCUGCUGCUGGUUCCGAGAACCUUCCUUUGAUUACUAUGACUGGUGCUAGUACUACGGCGCCAUCAACAUUUGGCUGGGAGUCUGCUGUGCUCAUGUCUUCUGCUUUCAUCCAAAAUGAUCACCAGAGGGUUAAUGAUCCAACGGAGUAGCAGCUAGCCACCUGUUUGAUUGAUCAAUCGCACUGUGCAUGUUUAACAAGCAAUGCAGUUGCUUAAUUAGUUAAUUUAUAUGUAGAAAUUAGUCCUAGCUAGGGUUUGAAAUAUCAUAUGAAAUGUGAUUUUGUGUGUGCUAUCUCUAUUCUUAAUUAUUCGACUACCCCAACAUCGCUCUACGAAUGGGGUCGUAUAUCAAUGUAUUGUCGAUCACGUUUGUAAUAUCAUCUAUCUAUCUAUAUAUGUUACCGGUAUUGUAAAACAAGCAUAAAUUUGAUCAAUGUUAAUUAAUUUGUAUUUAGAA